GCAAUUCGGUUUAGAAUUCUCCCGCGGGUACUUUCAGUUCGGAUGUAAACAAAAAAACAUGAGAAAGUCAUUGGCCCCCUCACUUAAAAACAAAUCCUUCUCCAACAUUUCUCACACAUCGUUCGUUCCCAGCCCAUCAAACAACCCAUCUAGGAUAUCCCCCAAAAUUCUUCAAGAAGCCCCCAAGGAAAAUGUUCCAAAUAACAUCCACGAAGCUGGGAAACUCUACUUCAGCGUCGUUUGGAGUAAAAGGACAACAAAGAAACACAAAACCUGGGAAGGAGACGGAACCCUAAUUGGGAGCAACGGCCGUUUUGUGCUGAAAGAUAUAUCGGGUAACGUUUUGGGAUCAGCUAAUUCUAUCAAACCUGAGGAGUUGUACGACGGGAAUCGACUUAUUAUUGGAAGCAAAGAAAUUGAGAUUCAGGAGCGACUGUCUGCAGCUCCUGUGGUUCAACCUCCAGCACCAGCUACUUCUGAAGAGAAGCCAGUUAUUGGUGAGAAAUCGAAAAAGCGUAAAUCAUGCAAUGUGUUCACGCCGAGCCUCCACAUCGCUAAAAUGCGACUUCCACCGGGAUCGUCGUCUUCAGCCAUAUCUGAUGUAGCCGAUUUGAUAUUCCCCACACCCAAUUACAGCCACCAGUGGAAAUAUAACGAAGCUAAGCGUCCUGUAAGUGAAGUUAAAGUCACUCAUUCACUUCUUAAAUCCCUCAGACCUCACCAGCGCGAAGGCGUUAUCUACCUCUACGAGUGCAUCCAGGGCUUUCGCAAUGUAGAUAAUUUCGGUGCAAUCCUUGCUGAUGACAUGGGUUUGGGCAAAACGCUUCAAUGCCUCACGGUCUGCCAUACACUCCUGAAAACUGGUCCAUAUGGAAACGAGCCUGUUCUUCGACGGAUUCUAAUCGUGGCUCCAAGCAGUCUCACCCAUCACUGGAACGAAGAAAUAACCAAAUGGCUGAGUUGCGAGCGACUUUUCAGCUACGUGGUCGACUCGAAGAACAAACUCAAACAAUAUCCCAACACGUCUCAUAUUCCCUUCGUGAUAACAUCCUACGAAAUGCUCUUAAAAAACAUAAACGAUUUUCAGAAAAUCAAAUUCGAUCUGCUGAUAUGCGACGAAGGACAUCGGCUGAAAAAUAAUGAAAUAAAAGUAUCCGUUUGUUUGCGACAAUUGAACGUACCCAGACGGAUCAUUCUCUCUGGGACGCCAAUACAGAACGAUUUGCAGGAAUUCUAUUCUCUUGUGGACUUUGUGAAUCCCGGGGUUCUGGGCGAUUAUCAGGAAUACAAACAAAAGUAUGAAACUCCGAUUGUUCAGUCCCAGGCGCCUGAUGCUUCGGAGGAAAUCAAAGCAAUGGGGAAGGAGCGAGCGGAGGAGUUGAGCCGAAUAACAAACCAAUUUGUGCUUCGACGAACGCAGAAUAUUAACAAAGAAUAUUUGCCGAAGAAGACUGAGUACAUUGUUUUUGUGAGGCCGACUGAGUUGCAGCAGUUUAUGUUGGAGAAAGCGUUGGAAUGGUACAAUUCUAAGGAUGGAUCGAUUGGUUCCGAGUGCACAGCAUUGCAGGUUAUCACGCUUCUGAAAAAGAUUUGCAAUCAUCCGUCGUUAAUAAGGACGACAUCACAACAGGAAAACACUUUCGUCCAAUACCUCUUAAGCCUUUUACCAGAUUGGAGUGAAAUGGGACCCUUCGACUCAGCUAAACUAGAACUUGUGCAAAAUUUUCUUCAAGAAACGAUUCUUGAAUGCAAAGAACGAGUAGUCCUUGUUUCCAAUCACACAAAAUCGUUAGACAUGCUCGCCGACCUAUGUAGCCACUGCAAUUAUUCCUACUUAAGACUCGACGGCUCCACAGCCACAUUGGAUCGAAACUCAUUUGUUGAGAAGUUCAAUCAACCAAAGUCAGAAUUCUCAGUUUUUCUUCUAAGCGCCAAGGCUGGUGGUGUUGGUCUUAACCUAUCCGGUGCUUCCCGGUUGGUAUUGUUUGACAAUGAUUGGAAUCCUGCCGUUGACUUACAGGCCAUGUCAAGGAUAUGGCGAGACGGUCAAAAACGAGAUGUUAAAAUUUAUAGGCUUAUCACCGCUGGGACAAUUGAAGAGAAAAUAUUUCAAAGGCAAAUAGCUAAGACUUCAUUAAGUGGGUGUGUAAUGGAUCAAAGAAAUAAAUUAGAUACAAUGAAGUUGUCCGAUGAGGAGCUAAAAGACCUGUUUACUGUUCAGGAUGAUUUUAGUGAGUGUAGUACACAUAGCUCCUUGAAUUGUGAUUGCGAUGGGAAAGGCCAAAAUGUUGCUAAACCGAUCCCAGAAGAAACUAAAAAUCCUUUUGAUGUCAGUCUUUCUGAGAAAGAUCUCCACGAAAAUAUGCUUCAAGUUAACGAGCUUAUGAAUUGGAAGCAUUUUAAUAAUCCUCUCGAUAAUGACUUGUUAAAGGAGGCGUGCCUUUCGAAGUCAUCAGAUGACAUCAUCUUCAUAUUCAGCAACACAACAGAAAUCACAAAAUGAUAUUAAUACAAGUAUUUAUUACAGUUUGACAUGUUUUGUUCGAACAAUAAAUCUGUAUGGAAACUUAUUGUAAUUAUCACCUCUGCGCCCACUUUAGAGGGUUUAUAAAUAAAUGCCUAUAUUUAUAUGAGAAGCUGUAGCA